AUGAGAAUUGCAUGAUUUUUUAUUAUAUCAAUCUGAACACUAGUAGAAUCCACCACUUCCUGUGAUAGCGAUUCCCACUGUUUAGCUCCCUACCAAUGCUUUAAUACCCAAUGUGAAAUCCUUUUUGCUGGAACUUGCAAGCGAGAUGUUGACUGCAGCAGUCUUCACCAUUGCAGUGAUGGGAAAUGCGAACAUAAAUCUCUUUUCCCUAUACAAGGCUUAGAAGUCAUGGGAACAGUCAUGACCAUUCUGAUUUCAGGGCUGUCUAAUGCAGCAGGAAUUGGAGGCGGCCCACUUAACACUAUAACUACACAGGUUUUUUUUGGCUUUGACACCUAUAGAGCUGUAGCAUUUUCUCAGGUCGCGAUUUUUGGAGGAAGCCUGAUGUCAGUCGCACUAAAAAUCCCUGCUAGACAUCCUACAAAGGAUCGGCCUCUGUUGGACUAUGAACUAGUCGCUUAUUUAAUAGCGCCUUUAUUAUCAGGAACUUCUAUAGGCGUUGCUUUACAUUUGAUUUUUCCUGACUGGCUGACUGUCACUUUAUUAGUGAUUUUGCUUGUGUAUGUUUCUUAUAAAACUGCUAAAAAAGGGAUAAGUAUAUAUAAAGCAGAAACAAAACAUAGGAUUAGCUUUGAUAGCAUAAAUCCUGAAGCCGGGCCUGAGGUGUCUAUAUUAGAUAAAGAGCCUGAAGAGGUAAAAGAAGAAAAUUUGUUAUUGCAAAACCAUUUAAAAGAAGAAAAAAAAUUAGUUCCAGUAGGCCCUGCAUCCACAAUUGGGUUGAUCUAUUCAAUUGUGUUAUUGGCUUCGUUUGUUAAGGGCGGAAAAGGGGUGAAUUCGAUAAUAGGGAUUUCGCAGUGUUCAGCUGGGUAUUGGAUUUUUUUGAUUUUUUAUUUUAUUGUGCUGAUGAUUAUAACUUGGCACUUGGGGAAUAAUUUAUAUAAAAAUUAAAUGAAAAAUAAUUUUUAAUAGAAAUAUUAAAUUUAUUUUGGGGAAAAAAUAGGUUUUGUAAGGUAGAUGGAAAAUUAUUGUUAAGUUUUAGAGGAUAAUAGAAAAAACCAAACAAAGAAUUGAGGCAAAUUAUGAUUUUGAUGAAAGUGAUCCUAAAUGGAACAAAAAAUCAGCAACUAUUAUUGGAUCAGUGACUUUUGCUGCUGGAAUUGCAGCUGGUAGUUUAGGAAUAGGAGGAGGCUUAAUAAUGAACCCAUUUAUGCUUGCCCUUGGAAUCCGGCCUGAAAUAUCUACAGCAUGUUCAAAUUUAAUGGUCUUAUUCAGCUCAUCAAUAUCAUUUUUACAAUAUUGUAUUAGUGGAAUUAUUAGUAUUGACUAUGGAAUUUGGCUAUUUAUUUCUUCUCUAUGUGGGUCUUUACUUGGCUUCAUAGUAAUCAAGCAAAUUUUAAAAAAAAUAAAUAGGCCGUCUCUCAUUAUUUUACUAUUAGCCUUUAUGCUUACUGCAAGCUUAAUAGGAAUUUUUGUUACAGGAAUUGCGACUAUUAUUGAUGAAGAAUAUUAUGGAUUCUCAAGCAUGUGUUAA